AUGCCCAUCCUGCCCGCCGCCCUCGGCAUCCCCACGACCCCCACCUCCCCCCAAAACCAAACCGAAACCACCCCGCUCCUCCCCGCCUCCUCCCUCCCCGCCCCCCGCUCGCUCACCUCCCGCCUCUGGGAAGUAACCCACGACUUCCUCCCCCUCGCCUUCAUCACCUUCGGCGGCCCCCCCGCACACAUCGCCAUCCUGCACGACCUCUUUGUCGCGAAAAAGAGAUGGCUUACGGAAGCAAUGUUUGCGGAACUCCUCGGGAUCAGCUCCGCGCUGCCCGGGCCGGCGAGCACGCAGCUUGCGUAUACGGUUGCGAUGAUUCGGGAUGGGAUUAUCCCGGCGAUACUCGCAUUUUUGAUAUGGAGUGUGCCGGGGGGGAUCGUGAUGGGGACGCUGGGCGCGGUUGUGGGGAGCUGGAGUGAUGAGGAUGGAGGAAGUGGGUUGCCGCUGUGGGUGAAAUACGCAGAGAAUGGAUUGGCGUCGACUGCGGUGGCGUUGGUGGCGCUUGCUGCGUACAAUCUGGCGAACAAACUCUGUGGGGAUCAUGUUACGAAGAUUAUAUGCGUUGUUGCUGCUGGGGUGACGAUCAACUUUACUACUGUGCCUUGGGUUAUCCCGGCGUUGAUGGUUGCGGGAGGUCUGGUUUCGUACGCCGCGCAUCUGCAUGGACAAUAUACCCGGCGACACGUCCAUAUCACCGACUCCACAUCCGUCGCCAUCCCAGCAGAAGAAGAGCCCGAGAUCUCCUUCUCCCUCAGCUGGAAAGGCGGCAUCGCAGUCCUGCUAGUCUGGCUAUCGCUCUUCCUCGGCGCCAUCCUGCUCCGCUCUCUGGUCGAAACGCGCUCGUGGCAGGUCCUGGGCACCUUCUACUAUGUCGGGUCGAUCAUCUUUGGAGGAGGGCCGGUGGUGAUCCCGCUGCUUUACAACUAUAUCGUGACGCCUGGGUGGGCGAGCAGUAGCGAUUUUUUGCUGGGGUUGGCUAUCAUUAAUGCAAUGCCAGGCCCCAACUUCAACUUCGCCGCCUAUUGCGGCGCCCUCAUCCUCCGCCCCUACGGCCUCCCCCUCUCCAUCCUCGGCGCCCUCCUCGCCUGGCUCGGCAUCUUCCUCCCCGGCCUGCUAAUCAAAACCGGCGUCCUACCCCUUUGGCGCACGUACCGCGGCUUCCCCACCGCCCAAAUCUUCUUUAGAGGCGCCAACGCCGCGGCUGUUGGGUUGGUUUUCACUGCGACCUAUUUGUUGUGGGAAAAGGCGAUCGCGGUCGGGAGUGAAGGUGCGGGAUUGGGGGGGUACCCGGUUUAUGUUGCUUGGGUGGGGUUGGUUUUUGUUGGGGUUGGGUUUUUGAAGGUGCCGGCGCCGGUGAUGAUUGCGGUGGGAGCCGUGGUGGGACUUGUGCCGUAUUGGGCUGGGUGGGAUUUGUGA